AUGCAGAAGAAGAGAGAUGCCACACCGCACCGCACUGCUUUGCAACACCACGCACCAGGACAGAUCACAACACAAAAUAAGACAACAUAUCGUACCACGCCACACAACCACACAACAUCACACAGUAAAACGUGGCCCAGUACAGCACAAGACACCACACCACACCACACCACACCACACCACACCACACUAGAUUCAACCAUACCACUUCACAUCACAUUCAACCACACCACACCACACCACACCAGAUUAAACCAAACCACUUCACAUCACAUUCAACCACAACACAUCACACCACACCACAUCACACCAGAUUCAACAUCACAUUCAACCACACCACAAGACACGACCCAACACCACCCGAGCUUAUCCCGAGGAAGCGAAGGUCCCUCACCUUCUGCGGAGAGCGUGACGAGGGUGUGUGGCGUCCGCACGCUUAAGGGCAUGUUGUGGGUACGGCAUGCUAACCCUUACCCCUGUCCCUAUCCCUGCCCUUAUCCUAAACCCUACCUCUAUCCCUGGACGUAUCUGUACCCUGUACCCCGUCCUCCCCCCACCCCCCCACCUUACGUCACCCCUGCCCCUCAUCCUCUGCAUUACGUCAUCCUUAAGAAUUAUUAG